UGCGGCGCUGCGGCGGUUUUACUACGCAGUGCGGGGACGCGGAGUAGAUGUCGGCAGGGAGGACCCAGAUACAAUAUUGACGUUAUCCCCAGACUUAAUUUAAAAUGUAUUUAACUCAAAGGCUGUAGUAAACCUUAGAUAAAAUAAUGGGAAGGAGUAUAGGUGUUGUUUCGUAUGUUGAAAACCUGGUUGCAUCCACCGAGCAAAGACUUUUGAUAUUCAGGAGGGACUAGCUUUGUUAAAGCAAACUAGCUAGCAGCACAGGCUAGCUGUGCAGAGAGGCUACCUUGCUAGCGAAGCUGCAGCCUUGCUGCGGCCCGCAUCGCACCUCCUAGCUAGCAUCCGUCGUAUGCACAGGGGGAAACAUGGUGUACCUUUUAAAUCCUGUAGAAAACCUAAGAAGCUACAUCAACAACCGUCCACCUCUGGUCAUUUUUAUGAUCAGCGUCAGUGCGGUGGCCAUCGCCUUCCUGACCAUCGGCUAUUUCUUUAAGAUUAAAGAGAUAAAGUCUCCAGAGUUGACAGAGGACUGGAACACCUUUCUGCUGCGUUUCAAUGAGCUGGACUUCUGUGUGUCGGAGAAUGAGACGAUAAAACACGGCCUGAACGAGUCCACCACACCAGAGAGCAUGGUUGUAACCAGCGGUCAGGCUCGUUCCAGCACCCAGGCCCCCCUCCUGCUGGAGGACUCGGGUCCCAUUAACAUCUCAGUGCCCAUCACCCUCACACUGGACCCUCAGCGCCCAUUUGGAGGGUAUUCUCGCAAUAUCACCCACCUGUAUGCCACAGUGCUGGGGCAACAAGUUGGCCUAUCUGGCCGGGAAGCCCAUGAAGAAAUAAACAUCACGUUCACUCUGCCCGUAUCCUGGAACUCGGAUGACUGCGUGCUGCACGGCCACUGCGAGCAGGUGGUGUUCAGCACUUGCUUGACGAUCACAGCAGCCAACAAUAUCUUCCCAGUCACAGUCAGGCAGCCACCACACUGCGUGCCGGAGACGUACACCAACGCCACAUCUUGGUACAAGGUGUUCACCACCGUCCGGGACUCAGACACCAAGUACAGCCAGGACUACAACCCCUUCUGGUGUUACAAAGGAGCAAUCGGAAAGGUGUAUCAUGCACUCAACCCAAAGCUCACCGUCAUCGUUCCUGAUGACGACCGCUCCCUCAUCAACCUCCACCUGAUGCACACGAGCUACUUCCUGUUUGUCAUGGUCAUUACUAUGUUCUGCUAUGCAGUCAUAAAGGGGCGACCAGGCAAAGUGCGACAAACCAACCCCGACUUCUGUCCUGAGAAGGUACAACAGACACCAGCAGUGCUAUAUGACCUCAACAGGUGGCAUUGUCAGAGGGUUAAAAAGACAUCUGAGAACUGUGCCAGAGGUUACCUGUAACAUGGACAAACAAAAACAGAAGAAAUAAAAAAAUUAAACUUCCCAGUUGCCUAGUGGACCCUGGAAAUACAAUAAGGGACACAAAAGCUCUGUGAAUGCAUUACUCUCGCAAUGUUGGGUUUCUCCAACCAAAGAUAUACAAGUGCCUGUAUCUGUGGUGUACAUAUUUGUAGGAACCUUUUUGUUUUUGUUGAUUCUUAAUGUUUGUUUAGUUGUUUGUUUUAGCCUGAGUCCCCAGGUGCCAUGCCAGAACAUGCAGUAUGUAAAAGCAGGACAACUACAAAGAUUUCCCCAGCAGUCGUUUCAGGUCAUUUCAUGGACCUGAACAGAUUUCUGAUCACUUCUCUGCAUUUCAAGGACGAGCCAGUGUGUUCCUAUCCCACCAUGGCGAAGCAUGAUAAAGACACAGAAGUAGUUGUAGAUGCUCGGCUCACGUUUUUUCAUGAAAUUCUCUGUCGCACUUUGAACGGGAAGGAGACGGAAGUAGCACUUUUAGCAUAAGUUUGUUUAGAACAUCCACAUUUUAGAUGGUACAGUCAAAACUGAAUUUGUGCAGUUGAUUCUUCAGAUCAAGCCCUAGAGUCUAACUUUUAAUCCUCUGGAAGUGAUCACCGGACUGUCCCCGUGGACAGCAGAGGACGUCGUCUCAGUGUGUGUCCUUUUAGGCUGAAUGGCCUUUUUAAUGGCAGGUAGAAAAGCUGCAGAACGGCUGUGGUUUGUGUCAAAAUCAGUUCCUCACAGGGACACGUAUGUGUCACGCUAAUGUCUCUCUGCCUUUUGUUUUCCUUCAUCACCCGUCAUGCCUGUUAUGUCUUCUGUUUGCCGCCAGCAGCUGUGCAGCAGUUUUAAGCAACGUCGUCUCUGUUGCACCUGGAUGAAACGGAACAUCUUGCCUUACCUGUGGGGGACUUGUUUGUUUUUAUAAGAGGAAGGAACAUCAUCGUCUGGCUUUUCCACCCCUACUUCCACAGCCAAUCAUCUCUAAAUGUCCUUCCAGUGUCAUGAGCCUGGUGUUUAAAAUCAGAUCUUUUUUUCUAAAGAUCCAGUGUCUAGGUAGGGACAUCUAGUGGCAGUGAUGGCAAGUUGCAAUGAACUACAAAAAAUAAAUAAAAACGACUUGAUUUCUCAUUCAAAGGUAAUAAAGACAUCAGUUCCUAUUUUUCCUGUUCUCCAUCUCUGCCAAUAGAUUUCCCUAAAAGGUUAGAUGCUGAAAAUUUUAUGUAAUUGCUAAAUUGCUUUUGGGAUUUUAUUUUAUAUGUUUGCACAGUUGGUGCACUUUCAGAUUUCUUGCACACUUUUUUUUUUCUGUUUGUUUUGUAUAAGCUCAUGUCAGCCGUGUGAUACUGAAUGAACUAGUAGGCCUCUAUGUAAAAAUAAAUAAUUAUAUCUAUAUGAUUAUAUUUAUGAUUAAACACAAAGUAAGUAUUUUGUACCACAACUAAAUGUGCAAAAACUCUUGAGUGUGUGAGUUUAGGACAUGUUUAGAGGUGGCUGUAGACCUCUGUUGUCGGAAAUCUGCCUCCAUCUGCAGCCGUCGUGUCGGACUGAAUCUCCCUGAUUUAUUUUGACAAUCAUCUCUUCUGAGUAAGGAAGGGUUGUGUGAUCAGAUUAGGGUUUGUUUCCAAACUUUCCUCCACUUUUAACGGAGCAGAAUCGGAGAACAGAGUGCUCUGCAGAACGUCCUCCUACGUCAUAUGAUUUCCUGUUUCCAAUAGCAAUUGCUGAUAACUUUUACUUACCUCUGUACUAUAAUUUUGUUCCAUAUUUAAUGUACUCGUUGAAUGUACUUUUUUAUAAGAAGCAUAAUCUAAAUCUCAGAUGCAGGAAUUCCAAGUGAUUUUAAAAUAUGUAGAUUUAUUUUUGUUCUGUUUGAAAGGCUUUACUUGAAUUGUGUUUGAGUGAUUAAGGUUUUAUCUUCAUUUGUGGCAGAAUUGAAUCUGUCGUUUCAUUGUAUCAAACACUACAUCUGUUGGGAUUGUUUGUAAGUUGGUGAAUGAGGGAAAGAUGUUUGAGUUUGGUUUUUAUGGUUGUGGUUUGUCUUAUUUCCCCACUGAAUGAUUUUUAGUAUAUAAGUCUUCCUAACUCUGAUGUGCUUCGCAUUCGAGCAUGAAUCUGUUGCUUUUACCGUCAUCACGAGCUCUCAUGCUCCCACAAUUUGACUUCUGGCAGCUCUUGGAUGGGAAGCGGAUGGAGGAGUGAUUGGCAGGGUGGAUGCUGGUUAAGGGAAUCUGAAGAUGUGAAUGUAGUCAUGUUUCCCCCUCUUCUUUUUGCCAAACUGUCAGGAUGAAUAUUAGUAGCCUGCGUGUUCCUGCUUCUUCUCCCUCCUGUUUUCAUCUAUGGGUAUAAUUGCGUCUCUAACUGCAGAUUGCCUUAACAUUGUCUCUGCUUCACAUAUUGUAAAAGACACUGGCUUAUCAGUAACAAAUGUAAAGAUGAGACUUGUUUUUAUCACUUAAGAGCCGUAAGAAGCCCAAAUGACCGCACCUGGCCAGUCUGUAUUUAGAGGAAUGGUUUCCUAAGGAGCAGCUGCCUGCAGUUGUCUUACUCCAAUAUAUCAAAGGACUGGAGUACAAGAAUAAGAGCCGUGUUCUAAGUUGCACCAUGUCACUGAUAUUUUACUUUAUAUUUAGCAAAACACACCUCCAAUAGAGGCUGCCAUUACUCUGUCAUGUUAGCGCUUACAGGCAAGUAUUAAGCCAACUCUGUGCCUUCUGCACUGUCCAGCUGCAUCCUUCUUGUACAUACAGUAGAUAGGACCAUAGGUUUUCGUGUGGCUAAGGCAUCAUUCAAACCCAUUUCCUCUCCGGUGGAACUGCUGUAAAUGAAUUCAAGUUGAAAUAAACAGUCUCUAAAAAUUAA